AGCCCUGUGUGUUCUUCCCUGCUUUUUCCCAAAAACACUUUUCUUCUUCUUUACAUACAGAAAUCCAAAAUGGGUUGGUUUUGGGCAGACAUCGCACCCUCUACGCCUGCUGCGCGCAAUGCACCGCAUCCAAUGCCACGAGGCAGCAUGGAGCCUCCUCCAGAAUGCCCUAUGCACAAGAAAGCUGCACCACCCGUCGUUACAGAGAAGCCAUCUCAAAGCGCCUGUCCCUACGUCCCACCUGAGAAAUCCUCUUCUGGUCCAUCCGAACCGCCAAAGACCGGCCUACUCUCCCGCCUAAACCCCCUCAACAACAUGUUCGCCGACCUCUCCAACGAGCGUGCAGACAAGCAAGUCCACAACCUCCCUCUGGAGCGCGAAACCUCCACCAUCCCCAAAGGCGACGGUUCCCUCUGGGAAUACCCCUCCCCGCAACAAAUGUACAACGCCAUGCUCCGCAAAGGCUACACCGACACAGACAUCACGGCCGUCGAAAGCAUGGUCGGCGUGCACAACUUCCUCAACGAAGGCGCCUGGGCCGAAAUCAUGGGCUGGGAACGCCGCUUCUCGCGUGGCCUAGCCGAAGGCUACCAAAUCUGCAAAAAAGGCGAGGACGUAGCAAACUUCCUACUCGGCACCGCCGACGAUCCCUUUGACACCACCACCUGGGACGACAAAGAUAUCCCGCCCCCAAAACUCCUGCGCUUCACCGGUCGCCCGACGGAGCCGACGCCGAAAUCUCAGAUUUUGCAGUGGCUCGGGUACGUGAUGCCGGAGCAGUUUGGCACUAACCCCCCCUUUGAUCGCCACGACUGGUUCGUCGAGCGCUGCAAUGAGAAGGGCUGCAAGGAAAUCCGCUACGUGAUUGAUUACUACGAGGGUGCGCCCGAACCCACGGGUGAACCGGUGUUUUACCUCGAUGUCAGGCCUGCUGUUGAUGGGCCUACCAGUGCUGCUGAGAGACUGAUUCGCAGUGGAACCGAUCUUUGGUGGAGGGCUUCGGGCGGUGUGACGAGGGAGUUGAAGAAGCUGGAGGCGGCGAAGAAGGCGAAGGAGGAGGAGUGGGCCGCGAAGAGUCGACAGUAUAACUAAGGGUUGGGGAUGAUGGGGGAGUUGGUUGAUGCAUCUUUUUGUGGCGUUUUUUUUUUCAAGUAAGGUUGGGGAGUUGGGAUGUAUGAUUAUGAUGUUUGUGUGGGGAUAUGAGUUAUGGGGUUAUGGGCUCCCCUUUUUUUCCCAUCAUUCAUGUUUGAUUAGGGCUUACCCGUUUCCUUUUUGCCUGUUACAUAUCUUUUUUUUAACUCUACUCUAUCUCGAAUUCUCAUGUUCAAUCAUGUUGAAUAACUCUGUCUUCCGAGUUAUCAUCCCUAAAAAAUCCAACUUGCAGAUCAAAAGGCACUGCAAAACUUUUAAUGUUGAAAAUCCUGUUUGAUAUCAUUGUUGAAUCUAUCUACAUCU